AUGAUGCUGGAGAUCCUACUGCUAGCCCUGGUAGCAAGUGUCUACCCAGUAGCUAUAGAGCGGUCCACUAUGGAGGCAGAUGGGAACUGGAAAUUAGUUUGGCCCAGGGUUGAUGAGAGGGAUUUCGUGCAGUCUUCAGGUUCCCUUAAUCGAGAUCUGAACGCCUUUACCAUCUCUCUUUGGGUCAAAGAUCUUAAAGGUGACACUCACUCUGGUUACCUUUACUAUACGAACUCGAAAAACGCUUUUCUUCUUGGCCUGUACCGAUACAGAGGCAACCUUUAUCUACAGUUUGGUGGUGUGACUACUCAUUGUGCUAGCUGCAUAAGUUACGAUUCUACUUGGAAGCAUAUCGUCGUGACUUGGUCUGGAAAUGGAGCUUCAAACGGCAUGGGAACAUUCUGGGUGAACGGAGAGAAAAUUCACGGCCAUCAGGCUCUGGUUCAGGAGUUCGACAUCUACACUGCUUCCUACAUAGACCUGGACUGCCUUGCUACCAACAUGACUGUGUACUUGACUCGCACUGCUUUCCCCCAUCUCAUUCCAGGGAGGAUGGGACUGACAGAUAGGGAGUGCGGAGCACAGUUUAGCGAGACUCAUGUCUAUAUCACCACAAAUUUGGACGAGUGUGGAACUAAGAUAACAUACACCAACAACACCGCUCAAUACAGCAACUACAUUGUUCCUGACAUAUUCUGGAGUCCUGCCAACUCUUCAAUUGACACUCCGCACGCAGUCAUCAAUCGAGGAACACUGCUCGUGCAGGACACCUCUAUGAACUUCCACUGUACCUACCCUCUCCUGUCUCACGACACCAUCCCUGCGUACGCUGUCAAGACCUCUAACUUCGACAUUGACGGAACAGGACGAAGAGAGAUAGAGUUCAAGAUAGAGCUGUACCACGACGCCAACUACACGAACCAGUUCAAGAAGCACGAAUACCCCCUCAGAGUGGACACCGGAGAGAGAGUGUACGUUAGGGCGGUAGUGCACGGUGACAACUCCAGGAUGGCUGUCUGGGUGGACAGAUGUGUGGGCACUCCUAACCCCGACCCUGAGGCAGUAACUAAGCACAACCUCAUCGUGAACGGAUGUCCCAGCGACGAAACGGUACAGUACCACAACUCUACAGUGGAGGUGGACCAGCGGUUCAGCUUCGAGUCCUUCAGGUUCAACUCCGUACCUUCUGCAGUGGUAUAUCUCCACUGCUUCAUUGAUGUGUGCAGGGUUGACAACUUGGAAUCUAGAUGCAGCAAGGGCCUGGAUCUUUGUCCUCAGUAGACUUAGCGGACCGAAAAUUAACAAUUUGUGGUACUGCGCGGGCUGCUAGUAGAUGUAGCGGACCGAAAAGUAACAAUUUGUGGUACUGCGCGGGCUGAUAGUAGACGUAG